GAGAGGUGCAGAGCGAAAGUGAGGGCGUGAAUGACAGCGAGGGACCAGAGGAAUACGCAUGUGUGAUCAGCACAAACGGGAAGGGUGAGGAGCCGAGGAGAGGAGAGGCACGGCUGCUUCACCGUCUUUAGGCGAUCUCAGGGCUGGAGCUGUCCAUCCUGCCUCGUGGAGGGCUGCCUCUCUAACCACACGCCGCCGAGACACGCACAGAGACUCGGAGAGAGAUUCAGUGGACCUGUGGUCAUGGCAGACAUAGAAUGUCUCAGUGAGGCCCUGAAAGCCAUCAGUGUAAGCACAGAGCUGGUGGAGGAGGAGCUGAAGCCUCAUCUGGAUGUUCUGCUCAACCUCCUAUUAGAGAAGAAAGCCUUACUGAAGAAAGGAACAGCAGAGAAAAUAGUGUCCAGUGGUGUUCUACUCAUACUUGCUCAAGUCCUGAGGAAGAAGAGUCCCCUCACCUCUCAGGUCACCUUACUGGUGGCAGAGAUGGCCAGAGAAGCUGCUGUGAGGGAGCGCUGUAUUGAAGCAGGUCUGGUGACCGCAUUAGUGCCUUUACUGAACAGCCCAGACCAGGACCAGCUCCUGCACACAGGCCGAGCAAUUGGACGUAUCUGCUUUGAAAAUGCUGUUCAGCAGACGCAGCUGGUGGAGAACGGUGUAAUCCCCAGGCUGGUGGCCAUAAUGCAGCAGUAUCCUGAGAAUGACCCGCUGGUAAACAUCUGCCUGCUGGCACUCUGCAACCUUGCUGAUGUGGAUGCUGCACGAGAGGCUCUGGUGGAAGUGGGUGUGGCGGAGGUCUUGACCUAUCAGCUGAAGCGGGCACCAGAUGCAGAACGCCGGCAUCUCAUACUAGAGGUUCUUGGGUCACUGGGAGAGAGUGAUGCUCUGAAACUGCAGUUUGUGGAAGCAGGCGUGCCCGAGGCGCUCUCUGAAAUGAUUCGAACUCUUCAGGGUGGCUCUGACACACAUGACCUCUGCAGCAUAAAAGUGGGCUCAAACCUCAUAGUGACCCUCCUACUGGGAGAUGAAUCAAUGCAGAAGUGUUUUGGGGAAGGGACGGGGAUGGUGUAUCAGGAUGUUCUCUCCUGGCUGCAGUCAUCAAAUACUGAGCUGCAGUUGUCAGGAGCCCUGGCCAUUGCUAACUUUGCCAGAAAUGACAGCAACUGUGUAAAGAUGUUGGAAUUAGGAGUUGUUCCUCAUAUUCUGGACCUGUUGGAGCAGCAUGUAGCAGAGGGAGAUGUAUCUGUGCAGCAUGCUGGCCUCAGUGCACUUAGAAAUCUUGCCAUCCCAGCUUCCAAUAAGGUGCGUAUGUUGGAGGAUGGAGUCACAGAGAGGAUCAGGACCCUUCUGCGCUCUGACAUGCCCCCCGUCCAGUUCAAACUGCUGGGCACUUUGCGCAUGAUGGUGGACGGCCAAGAGGAAGCGGCUUCAGUUUUAGGGAAGGAUGAGGUUCUGUUAGCACGGGUCAUGGAGUGGUGCGAGGCUAAAGAUCAUGCCGGUGUCAGAGGCGAGGCCAACCGUCUAUUAGCAGCUCUUAUAAGACACAGCGGAAACCCUGAAGUCAUCCACACUGUCAUUAAAGCAGAUGGAGUCCAACAUCUCAUCUCAAUGGCAACCAGUGAGCACGUCAUCAUGCAGAAUGAGGCUUUAGUCGCUUUGGCCAUUGCCUCUGCAAUAGACAUUGAGGCAGUCCAAGAACCAUUUCGGGAUUCAGAUCUCCUUCCCACCUUGCAGAAGAUGCUAGAUGACCCUCUUGUGGCCGUGGAGGUCAAAUUCAGCGCUUUAGGCCUCAUCUGCAGCCUUGCCAACUCUAGCAUGUUAAGGGAGCAGAUAACGUUUCUAAACCUGUGGGACACCCUGUCCAAACUGUCCGCUCACACCAGCACAAAGCUGGCUAAGCAGGCCGACACGGUGAUGGCUGUUCUUUCUGAGACUGCCUAGACUUGCAUAGUCAUCUUUCAGACACACUUACAGA